AACUUUAUUUUCCUGCAAAGACAAACUUUUUUAUUUUCUGCCUCUUUACAGUGCCUGCUUCAACACUUCCAUGGAAACACCAGAUGCUUUUCAAGAUUUGAUCAGAUCAACCCUAGUUUUGAUUUUAUCUUAUUAAUCAUUUUAAUCUUUUUUUCUUUUAAAAAGAGAGAGAGAGAGAGAGAGAGAGAGAGAGAGAGAGAUGACCCACAUGACAGGAGAGGCCCAGUGCUUUGGACAAUUGCAAUCUAUGCUUUGAACAUCCCCUGUUUGAAGAAAAUGGCCAAAGGAGUUCAGCAACAACUCCAACUCCCUCUCUUUCUGUUUCUCUUUCUCUUUCCCUUUUCCCUCCACGUCUUCCUUUUCUCUUUCUCUCCCUCCAUCUGUCAUGGACAACCACCACCACCAUCACCACCACCACCACCACAACCACCACCACCAACAACAGCAGCAGCAGCAGCAGCUACCUUUGCCAAAGUCUUCUCGCCAACGCUGCAAUGAAUGGAUAUUUCGAGAUGUUCCAAGCGAUAUCACUAUAGAAGUGUCUGGAGGGAUCUUUGCUCUGCAUAAGUUCCCUCUAGUUUCACGAAGUGGGCGAAUCCGGAAGUUAGUUGCAGAACAUAGGGAUUCUGAUAUUUCAAAAGUGGAACUUCUUAAUCUGCCAGGAGGUGCUGAAUCAUUUGAGUUAGCAGCCAAAUUUUGUUAUGGUAUAAACUUUGAAAUCACUGCUGCAAAUGUUGCUCAACUGUGUUGUAUAUCUGAUUACCUCGAAAUGACUGAAGAAUUUUCAAAAGAUAAUCUUGGUUCCCGUGCUGAAGAGUAUCUUGACAGCAUUGUCUGCAAGAACCUUGAAAUGUGUGUAGAAGUAUUGCAGCAGUGUGAGAACUUACUUCCUCUUGCUGAUGAGUUGAAAAUAGUUUGCCGGUGCAUAGAUGCGAUAGCCUCAAAGGCAUGUGCAGAGCAGAUUGCUUCAAGUUUCUCACGCUUGGAGUACAGCAGCUCAGGUAGGCUUCACAUGAACAGGCAGGCAAAAUGCGAAGGAGACUGGUGGAUAGAGGAUCUUUCUGUUCUACGAAUUGAUUUGUAUCAAAGAGUCAUGUCAGCCAUGAAGUUUAGAGGAGUUCGUCCGGAGAGUAUUGGUGCAUCCUUGGUAAAUUAUGCUCAGAAAGAGUUAACAAAGAAAUCCAGCUUGUGGAAUCCAUCAGGCCAGACUAAAGUUGAUUUGGUUUCAGGUGCAAAUGGGCAAGAGAGACAUGUGGUUGAGACAAUAGUUAGCCUUUUGCCUGUUGAGAAGCUUGCAGUUCCCAUCAAUUUCCUUUUUGGACUUCUUCGAAGUGCAGUGAUGCUUGAUUGUUCUGUUGCUUGUAGACUUGAUCUAGAGCGGAGAAUUGGGUCCCAGUUGGAUAAUGCAACUCUUGACGACCUUCUGAUUCCAUCUUUCCGUCAUGCUGGUGAUACAUUAUUUGAUGUUGACACAGUUCAUAGGAUUUUGGUGAAUUUCUCACAGCAAGAUGAUAGUGAAGAUGAUAUGGAUGAUGCUUCUGUUUUUGAAUCCGAUAGUCCUCAUUCACCUUCACAAACAGCAUUAUUCAAAGUUGCAAAACUGGUGGACAACUAUCUUGCUGAAAUUGCUCCUGAUGCAAACCUUAAGCUUGCCAAAUUCCUAGUCAUUGCUGAAGCUUUACCAGCACAUGCUCGUACUAUACACGAUGGUCUAUAUCGAGCCAUUGAUAUAUAUCUCAAAGCACAUCAGGGUUUAUCAGAUCCGGACAAGAAGAAGCUAUGCAAACUGAUUGACUUCCAAAAGCUGUCACAAGAAGCUGGUGCACAUGCUGCACAAAAUGAAAGGCUUCCUCUCCAAUCCAUUGUUCAAGUUCUCUAUUUUGAGCAAUUAAGGCUUCGAAAUGCCUUGUCCUGCUCUUAUGCAGAUGAAGAUCACAAGCCAAUGCACCAGUCGUGGCGGAUAAGUAGUGGUGCAUUGAGUGCAGCAAUGUCUCCUCGAGACAACUAUGCAUCAUUGAGGCGUGAAAACAGAGAGUUAAAACUUGAACUAGCUCGCCUACGAAUGAGAUUAAAUGAUUUGGAAAAGGAACAUGUGUGUAUGAAAAGGGAUAUGCAAAAGUCUCAUUCUCGUAAAUUUAUGAGUUCUUUCUCAAAGAAAAUUGGUAAACUGAGCUUCUUUGGACACAUAUCUUCAAGGGGAUCAAGCUCCCCAUCAAAGCAUUCAUAUAGAACAGAUUCUAAGGUGAUCGAGAGAACAUGUGCAAGCACUGAUUAGGUAAUUUGUUUGGUCUGGAUUCUUUUUCUCCCUUUUUAUGCUGUCCACCUUGUAUAUGGGUUAAGAUAGCAAGAAUAGGAACUCUUUCUUUGCACGCUGUUGUUCUGAGUAGUAAAAUUUUCAUACCCCUUUCAACCUUGACUAAAGAAACUUUGUAUAAACAUGUAGAAAAGUUGUUCUUAUUCCAACUUGUGCAAGCAAGAAAAUAUGAUCUGUGUUGAGAAUCUUGAUCCAAA